UUCCGGUUUAAAUAUUUCUGAUUACAGAUGUUCAUUUUGAGGUGGUUCCAUGGUGUCAAUGAAUCCCUUGAACUUCUGAACAAGUUACACAUUAGCUGCAUCUGAGCACUGAAGUAGAGAUGGCGAAUAAUGUUUUAGUAGCUGUAAGGGUCCGCCCUUUCAGUAAACGUGAAAUAGACAAACGUGCCCAGCUAAUAAUCAACAUGCAAGGAAAGAUGACGCUUCUUUUCAACCCCAAAGAUCCAAAAGCAGACCCAAGGAAAUUUACGUUUGAUCAUUCCUAUUGGUCACAUGAUGAAUACAAAGAGACAUCUAGUGGGUACCUCGAGCCUACUGGCUCUAAAUAUACUGACCAGUUGAAACUUUACAAAGACCUAGGACAGGGGAUGCUAACCAAUGCAUGGGAAGGCUAUAACUGUUCAAUAUUUGCAUAUGGCCAGACUGGAAGUGGAAAGUCCUAUUCUAUUAUGGGUUAUGGAGCUAAUAAAGGUUUAGUGCCUCAAGUUGGAGAAAACCUCUUUAAGGAAAUUUCUGCUAAACAGAAUAAAGAUAUUGAAUAUCAGGUGACCUUCAGUAUGCUGGAGAUUUACAAUGAAAAGGUGAAGGAUUUGUUAAGCAAGAAGAAAGCCCCAUCUACUGGCUUACAAAUAAGGCAGUCACCACAGAAAGGAUUCUAUGUUGUUGAUUUGAGCGAAGUACCUGUAGGAAGUUUCGAGGAUGUGAAGGCACGCAUGGGUGAGGGAAACAGAAAUCGAACAAUUGGUCAGACCAAAAUGAAUGAAACUAGCAGUCGAGCCCAUACUAUAGUGUGUUUAAACUUCAAACAAAACAGAAUUAGAGAAAAGGUGACAAAAUUUUGUUCAAUAAAUCUAGUAGAUUUAGCUGGGAGUGAAAAUCAACGUCAGACGCAAGCUGAGGGUCAACGAUUUACAGAAGCAAAAUAUAUCAACCUGUCGCUCUCAACGCUUGGUAGAGUCAUUGAAGAUUUGGUGAAGAAAAAGAAAUACAUUCCAUUCAGUGAUUCUGUAUUGACGAGGCUACUGAAAAAUGCUCUCGGGGGAAACAGCAAAACUACUAUGAUUGCCGCCAUAAGUCCUGAUGCAGAGAACUAUGACCAGACAUUGUCCACCUUACGAUAUGCUGAUAGGGCAAAAUCCAUAAAGACAUCAGCUAAAGUGAAUGAGUCUGAGACGAGCAAACUGAUACAGGAGUUGAUACAUGAGAAGGAGCGGCUCCUUAAGGAACUGAGCAUGAUGAAGUCAGGAAAUAAGGAGAGUGGUGGAUACACAGAGGAAGAUAUUCAAAAGAUCAAACAGGAGAAGGAGGAAGAACUCAAGACAUAUAAAUCAGAUUUGGAAAAGUCAUGGGCGGAGAAGUUGGAACAAGCAAGAAAAGAUAUGGAGGUGCAAAUUAAAGAACAGAAGAAAGAAGAAGAAGAUGUAAAGAAAUAUCCACAUUUCUGGAACUUGAAUGAGGACCCAGCUCUCUGUGGCAAAAUCAUCCACUUUACAAAGUCAAAGAAAGAGACUGUUGGCAAUGGCAAAGGUGGCUCAAACCCAACUAUUUGUCUGAAUGGCCCAAGUAUUGUCAAGGACCAUGCUUUGAUAUACAACCGUGAUGGUGAUGUUUUCUUGAUGCCUGAUAAGGGGCAGGUGCUACGAAAUGGAUCUGAACUGAAUACUUCAAGUGAGAUCCAGCUUAUCCACCAAGACAGGAUACGUUUUGGAGCCAACAAUUUCUUUGUUUUCCACUCUCCAAAGGAGGAAAUUAAUCUGAAGAAACAAGGCAAGGUGCUCCCUCCCAUAACAUUUGAGUUUGCUCAAAGUGAGAUGGCACAACAUUCUGGUCUAGAUCUUUAUGGUGAUGAUAUCCUCAUGGAAGAUGUAAUGUCUAUCCACCAUAUUGUGCAAGGUGCCAAUGCAAUGGCACAGGACCUGGAGAGACCAGUAAAAUAUGAACUUGUGCUUGUAUCAGGAGCUGCCAGAGGAGAUGACACUCUUAGAACAGAGCUAUAUGUCCGUGUCACAGACCUAGAGACUUCCAAUGAGUAUACAUGGGAUCGGGCGAAGUUUCUAAAUAAACAAUGUGGAAUGCAGGAGCUUUAUGAAGAAUUUGAGAAUUCAGAGGACAGUUUACCACCUCCCUUUGACAAGGAACAAGAUUCUUUCUUUGAUCCACCAUCUGCAGAUGUUGCUGUUGGGGUGGUCUCAGUACCUCUCAACUAUUUAGCUCACAUGGUUGAUUUGCGAGAUGACCCCUUGACCAUUACAGACUAUGCUGCGAGACAAAUUGGGUUUUUGAAAGUUGAGAUUAUACCAUGUGACUCUAAAGGUCGAGAAAUGACAGAUCUUUCGCUCUGUGUACAAGAAUCACGUGAUAUUAUUGGACAAACAAUGGCUUUCAAAAUAAAGAUCAUACAAGGAAUUAAUUUGCCAAAGAACCUUGAGAGGUCUUGGUGCUGCUAUAGAUUCUACGAUUAUGCUGAUAUGGUGGAGACUGACCACGUUGAGGCUAGUUCUGCAACACAUAAAUACAACCAUGAGAAACUUUAUAAGCUUGGAAAAGAUCAGGUUACUCACCAGCUAGUGAAAUAUUUAGAAGAAUCCACAUUAACUAUAGAAGUGCGAGGCAUACAAAGAAGUAAACAAACAUCCAAGAAGAACCCAAAGACUAGAUUGUCACUUGACUCUUCCAGAGGAACAUUAAAUAGCAGUAACCUCAGUCUGGCAAGUAAUGAACGAAGCGAACUCGAGUCGAAGAUUGACUUCUUCAGAGAGAAAGCUGAUGCUCUUGAAAGGAAAUUAUUGAAAAUUGAAAGAAUUGUUGAUGAGGCUGAUCCAAGUGAAGAGAUGAUAGAAAUUAGAAGAAUACUCAAAGCUCCAACAGUCACUAAAGCAAAAAGAGAAUCCUGAGUACUCGAGUAAUUCAACUGGGAAGCACAUGUUUGAACAGCUGUAUAUUUCUUUGUGUAUUGACUUCUAACUGAGACAAUGUGAACUGGGUAAUGAGAGGGUUUAAAAUUCUAUGAGCUUGCCAUACACCAAUCGGGCCCAGAUUUGCCUGGUGGUCCAUUUUGCCUCGUGAGUUCUGGUGCUGCCUGGUGAAGUCCGUCAGACCGUCUCUGAAUGAGAGUCCAAAAACUGACAAAUGUGCUGUAUAGUACAAAGUAAUUAAGUCAACUGACAUCGUGAACUUUUAUCUUAGGUACAAAUAUUUAUUUUGCAGUUUUUUUACAUAAUGGUUAAUGCUGAUGAGCUUAUUACACUAAGUUACAUGUUCCAGAACUGGUCAAAUAUAUAGUGUGCUGGAUUUUCUCAUUUCAUAAAUAAAAUAUUUUCACUUUUUAAAAUCAGUGAAAGUACCAAUAGAUUAGUGAAUUUUAAAUGUUACUGAUUUUCAAAACCUGAAAAAUUGGGUCCAAUGAAAUAUAUGUAUACCUGUAAUAGUGCAAUGAACUCUGCAUAUUUAUAAGAAGUGUUAACAUAUUACAUUAACACCAAAUAUUGAGGUAAUUUGGUUUGUGUACAAGAAGAAUGCCAGCUCUAAUGUUAAUCAUUUACAUUAUAUCUUAUAAAAAUCAUGUUGUCAUUUUACUGCUCUGCAACAAGCUGUUGUAAUAACAGUGUACAUUGUAAUAUCUUAUUAGUUGUUAUAUUCCAUGGCUUUAACACCUUUGUACAAAACAAAUGAGUUUCAAUUUCAUUUUUAAUGCAUCUCACAUUUACUUAAUUAAAUGUGGUAUCUGAGAAUCACCUGACACCUAAUUCAGUGUUCAGAAUUUCUUUAACCUUUUCAGAAUAUAAUUUUCUGAUAUUUCCAGGUAUAAGAUACUUUUUCUGUAUAUCAGUCUCCAUAUAGUCGUGUAUAGUCAUAACUUUAUAAGCAGGUUAUUUUUAUUGGCUCACAUGAGCCUUAAGAGUCACAAACUAAAUGUCUAUCCGUCCAUUUGUAUUCCUUCCAUCAAGAUUUUUAAGACAUAGUUAUAUUCAAUAUCAUCCUGCAAAAAAUCUGUGAUAUCUUCUCAAAUGGU